ACUUGGUCUAUACUAACUUUGGGCGCGAGUAAAUGGUUUUAUUGCCCAGUAACCGAACACUUGCAGAAUAGGAUUGCAUUACAAUUGUAAACCCGGUAGGGAGGUUCUACAAUGCUGUAACGAAUUGCAAACAAGACGACUCUCUACGCCUGGCCGGUUUUUAAAGUUACGAAGAAGCUUGUCUGCUUUCCAAUCAACUGACACUCUGGUUAUCUCUCAAUUUUGACACGAGAUGAGUUUUUACUCGUACAGUGAGACUGGAUUGCCGACUAUAGAACUUACGCCAGAGUUGGUCUUUGAAAGAUUAAGCGACGUCGGUUCACCGCCCGGCUCAAUGUUAUCGUACAACUCGGGCAACAGAAGUUCCACGGGAAGCCAACCACGCAGACACACCGAUACAUUCCCACGAGCCAAGACAGCACCACGGAAACGAACAUUUUCACCGAUGUCUUCCGAGGCGAGCAGUCUCGUCUCUUCACCCAGGUCAACUACAAACCCCCCAAACCAAGACAGUUUACGUCGGGGUAGGGGUUACCAUUCCUUGGGGUCCGGCACCAAAGCUUUACGACCAAACAAGGAACAAGAUAAUAAAGGAGGAUACGGGGUGGCCAUCAGUAUCAAGGGAAUCAAAGGCCACCCAUUUGUAAUACUUGAAGACAAUGAUAAACAUCGUCACAUGGUUCCUGCACCUUCUGGAGAUGCUGAUAGCUUAAGUAGUGCUGAAGCUCCAACCCAUACCAACCACCCCACUCAUGCUGGUUCCACACCUCAUGUAAACGGACACGUUUCCGAACCUGAAGACAUCACCCCUAAAGCCCCCCCACGUAGAUAUGGGACGCUCCACAAGGAUUUCAAACCAAAACAACCAAAACUAUCGAACCAACCAAAACAGUACGAGCCAGAUGUUACGAGAAAUAUGGCGGCACUUGCAAGGGAGCAACUCGUUAAGCCAUCAGAAAUACGCGCUGCUCAAAAGUCGCCGUCAAACCUGCACACGAGGUCACCAAGGUCACGUAACGCCCACGAAAGGUCACGAACUUUACCCCCUGACAAAUCGUCGGCUAACCGCUCACGCAGUCUUUCACCUAACCGAGCGCUUGCUAAUAAUAAGAUGGCAAGAUCGCGAAGUGUUUCCCCUCCUCGUAAAACUCGAGGUCGACGUAUCGACGACAACAACAUGCAGCCGGUGUCGAGUCUCAUCGGGUUCUUUGAAACUACUGACCAAGAUGCUAAACAACACCCUGCUCCCUCUGCCAAAGUCCCUCUAAUGGAGAAAAACAAAACACAGCCGACAAAAUCAAAGACACGCCCAAGAAGCACGAACGUCCCUGGAUUGAGCCGUCCACGCAUCGACAGUCGCGAGAUUGACGUAACACCCGACGUGAUGCGGACCAAUGUUAACGUAACCACGGCAACAGUCCCCGCUAAACAUGGAGCGACACCUAUGGGGAGAUACUUUGCCCUCACCUCACCUGCUGGUACUUCCCCCAAAUCGAUCAUGUUUCCCAACCAACCACAAACCGUCCCGAUAAAAAGCGAGGAAGCUUUUUCUGCGGUCUCGUCAUCAACUUCAUCCUCCGAUGGUGGGACCACGGAUGAAGGCACGCUCAACAUCGAGCACGAGGUGCACGCCGAUGCACGUAAACCAAGCCACGAGUUUGACCUAACCCACGCCGCUCCGAAGCCAUGGCACUCACCAAAGAAGCUACGGCACCAAGCCACGGAUCCUAAUAGUGGAGUAUCCAUCGAAUCAGUUACCCGUCCAAGCAAAGCCGAUCAGAUAUUUGGGUCAUCCAUUCAACAGAAAGGUUAUAGACAUGUUAGUCCAUCUUUUGCCUCAUUAAAACGAAGUUUACUUGAACACACCCCCCCUGACUUUGUUCAACAAAAUAUAGAAGGUGACGUUGCUGCUCUUGUGUGCACUCGUGUGGUGGCGUUAUCACAGCUUUUAAGCAAAUGUCGCAAAAUUUUCAGUCUCAAGGAAAAUUCCAAUUUUAAAACUGAUCUUUUGGUGUUUAACAUGGGGUUUGUUGUAACCAGUAUUUUAUCCGCCACACAUUUACUUGGUACAUGGAUAUAACAUUAUGAAUUAACA